AAGGCUCGCAAACAUGGAAGCAACACGUGUCAGUUUAAGUGCAAAUCCGCGGCAGCGCGCGAAUCUUCUCUCCGUACUGACCUUCUGGUGGACGGCGGACAUGUUCCGGAAAGGGUACAGUCAAAGGUUUGAUAUAAGCGAUCUGUACGAACCACUGGAGGAAGAUCGGGCGAAUCGGUUGGGCGAUCGGUUGGAAAGACAGUGGAAGAGACAGCAAGAGCUUUCUCACAGUCCAUCCCUUAUACGUGCCAUCUUUCGAACGUUGUGGAAGGAAUGGUUCACACUCUCGGUGCUGGCAUUACUAGCCGAGGUAGUACUACGUCUACUGCAGCCUAUAUUCCUCGGUCGAUUGUUACUCUACUUCCGCGAAGGAUCAAAUAUGACGCACGAGGAUGCCCUAUACUAUGCUGGCUGUAUGGUAGCGGUGCGAGCGAUCAUCGUGAUAUGUGACAAUCAGUACGGUAUCAUCUCCGUGCUGACGGGUGUUAAGGCCAAAAUAGCUGUCUGCAGUGUGGUGUACCGUAAGUCACUACGGCUGGCACGCAACGCGCUCGGGGACACAUCCCCGGGCAAGGUAGUGAAUCUGAUGUCGAACGAUGUGAACCGCUUCGAUAUCGCUUCCUAUCUUGUGUGCUUCAUGUGGACAUCACCGAUCGUAAUGCUGCUAGCGGCCUUACUGCUGUGGUACGAGAUUGGUUGGUCCGGUGUGAUGGGGCUGGUGGCGAUCGUCAUUAUAACACCGAUCCAGUCUUACACCGGUACGCUUACCUCACGCUAUCGUCUCCGGACUGCACUGAAAACUGACGAACGUAUCCGGCUGAUGGAUGAAAUCAUUGCGGGAAUUGCGGUCAUUAAGAUGUACGCCUGGGAGCGUCCGUUUGCGAAGCUCAUUUCACUGGCACGCCGGAAAGAGAUGAAAGAGGUCCUGAAGAGUGGUUACCUUCGUGCGCUGUACAUGUCCUUCCAGCUGUUCACGACUCGGGCCGCCAUUCUGGGCGUUAUGUUAGCAUUUAUAGCCUUCGAUGAGAACAUUACCGCUGCAAAGGUUUUCGUUGCCGCAAGCUAUCUUUCGAACGUGUCCUACACGAUGGCCGGUUUGUUUGGGCGAGGUAUCGCUGAACUGGGUGAAGGAUUGGUAGCGACCCGUCGACUGCAACGUUUUCUUGAAUACGACGAGAUCGGGGAGGAGAACCAAAAAGGACAGGAAAAUACUACCAAAGCAGACCAACAAAAAGAAGGUUUGAAGGAUCAUGAUAAUGGAAACGUUGGUGAAACACUCCGAUUGCUAGACGAAGCGAACGAUGGUUUGCUGUCGGAUGAGGUGGUUAUUGCGAUGCGUAACCUUACCGCUCGUUGGACUAUCCCAGGGGAAUCGGGCGAUACUUCCCCCGAACCUCUGAAGGGUCCACCAACGCUAUCGGAACUGAACGUACAGUUUAAGCGAGGCAGCUUGAUCGGUAUCGUCGGACCGGUCGGUUCGGGUAAGAGUUCCAUCCUGCAGGUUCUGUUACGCGAACUACCGCUGGAGAGUGGUAGUCUUAGCAUGGGCAACUGUACGAUUGCCUAUGCGAGCCAAGAACCGUGGCUGUUUACCGGGAGCGUGCGACAGAAUGUACUUUUUGGGGAUGAGCUGGAUCAGUAUCGGUACAGGCAGGUGUUGAAGGUGUGCGCAUUACAGCCGGAUCUUGCACAUCUCCCGGCCGGUGAUAUGACCGUUAUUGGUGAGCGAGGUGUUUCGCUGUCCGGAGGACAAAAAGCACGCAUUUGCUUAGCCCGUGCGGUCUAUCGCAAGACGGACGUGUAUCUGCUGGAUGAUCCGCUAAGCGCGGUGGAUGCGCAUGUCGCCAAACACCUGUUUGAGCUGUGUAUCGGAAAUGGAGGGUUCCUUAAACGCCGCAAUCCAAGCGCAACGCGCAUUCUGGUGACACAUCAGAUUCAUUUCCUAAAGCAAGCCGAUUGGGUCAUUGUUAUGAAGGAGGGUCGAGUAGAAGCACAAGGAACGCCACAAGAUUUACAACAGCGCGGCAUCGAGCUAGAGCAUCUGGAACACAGCGAAUCCGACGAAGAUACCAUUACCACCAAUCGAAAGAUGUCACACACGUCUACCACCUCCACGGUCACGGUGGAUAGUAUUACGCUGGACGAGUUUACCGGCGAUGAUCAAAAAGAUGCCGAUAUUGCUAAGGACAAAUUUGAAGCCACCUCACAGGGAUCUGUGCCAGGUUCGGUUUUUCUACAAUACGUUUCCAGUGCUGGCAGUUGGUUGAUCUUCGUCGGACUGGUGCUCCUGUUCGCAGUCACUCAGCUUGUCGUCAGUGUAGCCGAUUGGUGGUUAUCCUACUGGACUGCGCUGGAAGAAGCCGGAGGAACUCUUGAAGUUGUCCAAGCUUUUAACGAAACUCAACCACCACCGGCUGAAGUCGCUCAGAUGAAUCUGCUCACCCGCGAAACCUGUGUGCUCGUGCACGUCACACUCGUGUGUACCAUCUUUUUCGUGGCCGUCCUACGUGCCUUCGGGUUCUACAAAGCCUGUGCUCGUGCCUCCCAAUCCAUCCACGAUACCGUUUUUGAGGGGUUUAUCGGUGCUAGGAUGCGGUUCUUCGAAACUAAUCCAUCCGGCCGCAUUCUUAACCGCUUCUCGAAGGAUAUGGGUGCGAUGGACGAUAUGCUGCCCAAGUCGAUACUGGACGCAACGCAAACGCUGCUCAUGUUUGUUGGUGCGAUGAUGGUGGUAGUGUUUGUGCAGCCAUUCUUUAUGGUACCGAUCUUGGUGCUUUUUGUUGCACUACUAGCUGCAAGACGGGUUUAUCUACGCACAUCGCAAAACACAAGACGCUUGGAAGGAAUCACAAGAUCUCCAAUCUUCACACACAUUGCGGCAACCCUCAACGGUUUACCAACGAUACGAGCGUACGGUGUGCAGCAGCUUCUGAUUCAAGAAUUCGACACCCAUCAGAACGUGAAUACGGGCGCAUACUUUAUGUUUCAUUCGGGCCGUAUCGCCUUCGGACUGUUCCUGGACAGCAUCUUCUUUCUGUUUCUCACGAUCGUAACGUUCAGCUAUCUGUUGCUGGAUGAGGAUGCGAUAGGUGCACGUGUCGGUCUAGCCAUCACCCAGAUCGGCAGCAUUGGCAGUCAGCUACAGUUCGGCAUACGGCAAAGUGCCGAAAUGUUUAACCAUCUGAUUGCGGUAGAACGAUUGCUAGAGUACCGUGAACUUCCCGCCGAUCGUCCGAACGUAUCGGAAGGUGGAAAGAAACAAACCUCUCGCACCGUACCGAUCCCACUCGUCCCGGUUCCAAGCGAGUGGCCUCAGAAGGGUAGCAUCGAGUUCCGAAACGUAUCCUUCCGUUACGCCGAUAACGAUCUGCCCGUGCUGCACGAUUUAACCUUCACAAUAGAACCGCAGCAAAAGGUGGGAAUUGUGGGACGUACCGGUGCCGGUAAAUCAUCCAUCAUUGCUGCCCUGUUUCGGAUGGCACUGGUCGAAGGUGAGAUACUGAUCGAUGGUACAAACACGGCCCACGUACCCCUGGAAACACUCCGUUCGCACAUAUCAAUCAUACCGCAGGAUCCGGUCCUGUUUUCUGGCACACUGCGCCGAAAUUUGGACCCAUUCGAAGCGUACCCAGAUGCAGCUCUUUGGCGAGCGCUCGAACUGGUCGAGCUGCGUGAGCUUGCCAGUGAAUCAUCGGCAGGAUUAGGACUGCAAGCGUAUGUUGCUGCCGGUGGACAGAAUUUUAGUGUCGGACAACGGCAACUACUAUGUCUCGCACGUGCCAUCCUGCGCGGAAAUCGUAUACUGGUGCUAGAUGAAGCGACGGCCAAUGUAGAUCCGGAUACGGAUCGUUUAAUACAGCACACCAUCCGGGAACAGUUUGCCGACUGUACGGUGCUUACGAUCGCGCACCGACUAAACACGAUUAUGGACUACGAUCGUGUGCUGGUCAUGAGCGAAGGUACGUCGGUCGAGUUUGGCCGGCCCGGUGAAUUGUUGGCACGGGACGAUGGUACUUUCCGCAGUAUAGUACUAGCGACCGGUCGGGAUGAGGCCGAAAAUCUUAUGAAGAUGGUACACAAUCUACCCUCGAACGGUGCUAAGCAGUAA